AUGUACAGGGAUGCAGCCACCAGGAUGAGAAGCAGUGUUGGAGAGACGGAUGGCUCUGAGGUAAAAGCUAUUUCAGGGGUCGAGAGGAGGGAGGAUCUACAGAUAAAUUUAGAAAGGUGGAGAACAGCAGUGGAGGAAAGAGGAAUCAGAAUAAGCAGGUCAAAAACUGAAUAUAUGUGCACCUACAUUGAUGGGGGAAGCAUAAGGAUGGAUGAAGAGCUAAAGAGAGUAGAGAUGUUCAAGUACUUGGGGUCCAUAGUGGAUGCUAGUGGGAACAGGGAUGAAGAAGUGAAGCAUCGAGUUCAGGCAGGGUGGAACAACUGGAGGUCUGCCUCUGGGGUCCUCUGGGACAAGAAAGUACCUCUAAGACUGAAGGGAAAGUUUCAUAGGACAGCCAUUACUCUAGCAUGUUUUAUGGAACAGAAACAAUACAGAACAAGUAAUUCACAGGAAAGAGUAGCUAGGGGCUUUGGGCUGAAGAAGGCUGGGAAACUCUGA